UUUAAUAUUUAAUUAGAAAGAUGAUUUUCUUAUAUUUUCCUGCCCUCUCGCUCGCUUCAAAAUCCCAUUACUGAUACAACACAGUACAGCUCCAUAUUCUCUCUCUCUCUCUAGAAUUAACCGCAGCUGCAUUCACAGCCGAGAGACCACGGUCAAAAGAGUUCACUACUGUAAAGAUAUAAUUCACACACUGUGAAUUUGUAUAUCUGUGUGCUGGGAUUUGUCGGUGGCGCUCGAGUCCCCAGUCCGUAGCUCUUCAUUCCUGAUUUCUCAUUUCUCACUAGGAAGAAGAUUAUUGUGUUUUUACUGUGGGAUCCUAUGAAGUCUACCAUUUUCAAAGAAAGAUCGAGUCUUAUACUCGCAGCUGCGUAAGUAAAUCCGUUGACUAGCUCUCUUGCGACCUUUGUUCAAAAAUUCCUUUUGUUAGCUGUUGCGCGCGCGACCGUCGAUUCACUUGGCCGCAGUUUUCCGUUCAUCCCGGCAGAGAGCUUGUUAUUUGUGCAUUGCGGCUCAAAAUCCAAGAAUUCCUUUAACGACCGAAUUCAAGAAGCUUCAACCUUAAUUUUCUUGGCAUGUGUUUCCAUAAUUGUCAAGAAACUCUAACAGAGAUCUGACUGCAACAGUUUUUCCACAAUGGAAGAAGGCAAUAUAAUCAGGCCAUCACCAUUAAGGCCCGGAGGCUCCUUAAAGUCCCCUUCGUCGGGAAAAUCGAGCCCAAGGGGUUCUCCUUCUUUCCGGAGAUUAAACUCAGUUCGAACCCCAAGAAGAGAAUCCAAGCCUUUAGUGCUCUUCGGCUCCCACUGUUUUAGAAGCAAUCGAGUUGUCCUCUGGCUGCUUCUGAUCACUCUCUGGGCUUACGCCGGAUUCUAUUUCCAGUCAAGGUGGGCCCACGGAGAUAACAAAGAGAAUCUCUUCAGCGGCGGUUAUGGUGGUGAGAACAUUGGGCCCCCGCGUCCGAACGAGAGGGACCUAAUCGCAAAUAUCAAUGUGGACAAUUCGAGUUUCAGGAAUGUUGACGUGAAUGUGAGUAAGAAAGCAAGUGGUGGUGUUUUUUCGAGCAAGAACAAGUCGACGAAAAAGAAAAGUAAGAGAUCCGCGCGCACGUCGCGUAAAAAGAGCCAGAGUAAACCGAAAGUAUUCGCAGACGAGUCGGAAAGUGAAAUUGAUUUUCAGAUGGAUGAAAUUCCGAAGCAGAACACGACGUAUGGGUUUCUUGUGGGCCCAUUUGGGUCCGUGGAAGAUUCUGUUUUGGAGUGGAGUCCUGAAAAGAGGAGGGGGACUUGUGACAGGAAGGGCGCGUUUGCCCGUCUCGUCUGGUCGAGGAAAUUCGUCUUGAUCUUUCACGAGCUGUCCAUGACGGGUGCCCCGCUGGCAAUGAUGGAGCUGGCAACAGAGUUCUUGAGCUGUGGGGCCACGGUUUCGGUUAUAGUUCUUAGCAGAAAGGGAGGUUUGAUGACGGAGCUUGUGAGGAGGAAGAUCAAGGUACUGGAGGAUAAGACGGAUUUGAGUUUUAAGACGGCCAUGAAGGCUGAUCUGAUAAUUGCGGGGUCCGCUGUUUGUUCGAACUGGAUUGAAAAUUACCUCUCACGUACGGUUCUCGGCUCCAGCCAAAUCAUGUGGUGGAUCAUGGAGAACAGACGAGAAUAUUUCAACCGGACAAUGCCUGUUCUCAACCGAGUCAAGAAGCUAAUCUUCCUCUCGCAAUCACAAUCCAAACAGUGGCUCGAUUGGUGCCAGCAAGAGAACAUCCAACUCAAAUCCGAACCUGCUCUCAUCCCACUUUCGGUCAAUGAUGAGCUGGCGUUUGCUGCCGGCAUCCCCUCAUCCCUCAACACCCCAUCAUUCACCACUCAAAACAUGCUCGAGAGAAAACAGCUGUUGAGAAAUGCCGUCAGAAAAGAAAUGGGACUUGCAGAUAGUGACAUGCUGGCUAUUACACUAAGCAGCAUAAACUCAGGAAAGGGCCAGCUGUUGCUUCUUGAGUCCGCACGCUUGAUGAUUGAAAACGGGCCCUCGGUGGAUAAAUCUGGCGGUAAAGAUUCGAUUUUUACGGAACAUGAUUAUUACUCAAGGGGGUUGCUCGGGAGUCGGGAGAGAGAAGGUGGGAUGGAUAGAAUCAAAAUUCUUAUUGGGUCAGUGGGGUCGAAAAGUAACAAGGUGCUUUAUGUGAAAACACUUCUGAGGUAUUUAGCCGAGCACUCGAACUUGUCGAGAUCUGUCUUGUGGACCCCAGCGACAACUCGUGUUGCGUCUCUAUAUGCAGCAGCGGAUGCUUAUGUGAUGAACUCUCAGGGACUUGGAGAGACAUUUGGACGAGUAACAAUUGAAGCAAUGGCAUUUGGACUUCCUGUGCUCGGAACUGAUUCAGGUGGCACAAAAGAGAUUGUCGAGCACAAUGUGACUGGUCUCCUCCACCCUUUGGGCCGCCCAGGGGCCCAAAUUCUCGCAAGAAAUCUUGAAUUUCUGCUGAAAAAUCGGUUGGCUAGGCAAGAAAUGGGGAUGAGAGGUCGAGAGAAGGUGGAGAAAAUGUACUUAAAGAAGCAUAUGUUCCAGAAAUUUGGUGAGGUUCUGUACAAGUCCAUGAGAAUAAAGUAAUAGGUUUUUGUGUUCAUUCUUCCCGCUUUUUCAUUCGAAGCCUACAGAGUAUUGAUUAGUUGGAGUGCUGUUUUUUAAUGGUUUAUAGUGAUAGCAAAUGUUCCAAAUUUCACCACAAUAUUCCUUCAUAGAGAGAUCUCUUUUACUCGUUGAUGUUUGUUCAUCUGUUUUUCUUUCAUUAUCUCUGUCAUCAUCAAUAACUAAAUUCCAAUCUGUACUUGCUUGCUUUGGAGUGCAAAGUCAUUUUCUGUGUUUACAACACCUUUUGAAAUAUUAUACAUAGACUCGACAUUUAAAAUAAUACCCAUAUAUAAAUCAUUUCCAAAUGCAUUAUAGAUCAAAAGAUAAUGCAAUUUAAGACUCAAAUGCAAAAAUAAAACUCAUAUUA